AUGACUUCAAAUAAAUCACCAAUUAAAAUUAUAGAGAAUCUCUAAAACUAAACUAGCUAUACUUAGCUUACAAAAAAAUAAGAUAUAAGCUGCAAUAGUGCUAUGAACAACUCAAGCUUUAACGAGCUAACAACUUACUAUUAGUCACCUCUUUUGCAAACUUUAGCAAACGUGCAUUAAAGAUCUAAAUCCAAUGUACUUACUUAUAGGAAUAAUAGCAAUAACUUUUGGUAAGAAUCAUCUCAUUCAAAUCUCAAGUAGAACGGGAGUAUAAAAAUAGCAUCACAGGUCAUUCCAUAACAAUCAGAAUUUCCUAUACAGACUUUUCAAAAUAAAGAAAUUUUUUCUACUCCAAUUUAGAAGCAGAACAUAGAAAACUAACUUAUACCAAGAGUUUUAGAAAGUGAAUUCAACUCUUUUAAAAAAUCUCAAAGCCUGUCUUCAUAAUAAAAGUAUAAUACACCUUGCCAAGAUAAUUAAAACUCAAGUUUAGCAUAAAAUUACUUUUCCUAAAAUCCUAAAUAGGCAAAUUAAGAUUCAGGUAAUCAGAGUAGUUUCCGCAAUAAAUCCUUUCAUCAGGAGCAGCAAUCAUGUUUUAAUUAAAACAUAUUACAAAACAAUAUUUAACUAUAAAAUUAGGUUUAAAGUAUUAAAAACUUCUACCCUUAAAAUUAAGAUUAAUUUUUAAAUUAAUUAGCAAGUAAUUAUCAAAAAGAAAAUAAUAAUUCUACUGGAUUUAGGACAAGCAAUCUUUAAUCGGAUAGGAUGAAUGAAUAUAUACAAAAGCUUAACUUUGUUAGUAAUUAGCAAAUUGGCAAAAUUUGUAAUAUGAAGAUGUUCGCUUAAAGCAAUAUAGAAAAUAUUCCAUAAAGUAUACUUUCACAAAGAUCAUAAUCCCAUCAAUAAUCUGUAUAAAACUAAUCUUAAAUUUAGAAUAAUUUAUAGUAACUAAACCAAGCAAUACUUUUUUAACCUAUUAACUCAAGCUCAUCAACACGCUUCUAAUAAAACACCAUCAAUAAGAAUGAUCAACCACUCAAAGAAAAAAAACUAAAUGGAAAUAUAGGUAGCAUUUUGUAAAUAGUUGAUAAUUCUGCAAAUUUUGAGGGUAAAGAGUAUCAAAAAAGUAGACAAAUUUAACAAUAAUAAAUUGAUUUAAAUAAAUAUUAACACUAAAAUAUAUCUCUAUUAAACUAAACAAAUAGUUAGCAUACUAGCAAUUUUAAUUAAUUAAACUAAACUAACCUAAUUAGCAAAACAAAUUCUAAUUCUAACAAAAAUUUUACUCACAAUAACUUAUAAAAAUCUUCAUCAUAAAAUUCUUUAACCUAGAACAUAAAAAAAAAUGAAAACUCGCUAAAUUAAUAGCAAUCAGUUAAAUGUUUGAAAUCUCCUACUAAAGACAUUCUCCAUAAAAUAUUUUAUUAAAAUGGAAGAACCUUUGAUGAUUUAAAAAGUGAAAAUGAAGGUUAAGCUUUUAAUUAAAAUAAUUAACAAAAUAAGGAAACUAAAUUGGAGAUUUCUCAAAUAAAUUAAGAUUAGACAGAAUAAUAGAGAUAAUUUUACAAUUCUGUUCCUAUUAAGUCUUCUAAUAAAUAAUCAAUCAAUUUAAUUGACGAAAAUAAUUUCCGCUAGAGCUUAAUAGCCAUUAAUGGAAGUGAAGAAAUAAAUCAUACUCUAGAAGAAGAUAUCCAAAAUAGCAAAUAUAUUAAGAGUGAAUAAAAGAAAACUAAAAAUUACAGCUAAAUUAACCAAUAAAGAAUGAAAAAUAUGAAUUAAAACUAAUAAGAAAGCAGUGAAUCAAUAAAAAUUGUUUUCGAAUCUAUUGAAAGUAUAAAUAAGCCACAUGAAUUUAGCUAAGAUUAGCUUCCUCAAGAUUUUUCUACUAAAAAUUUAAAUUUUUAAUCUUAAAAUUAGUUUUAAAAAGUAUCAUUAGAAUAAUAAUGUUAAUUACCACUAUAGGAUAAAACUAAUGUAACAAAUCAUACACAAUACAAAAAAUAAUUGCUGUAAAAUAUUGUUAAAGGACUUGAAAGAGAUUCUUCUUUUGAGAAAAUAUGUAAAAAAAAUUAUGAAACCAUAAAAUCAGGUGAAAAGAGUAAAGUCAGUAAAGAAAACUUAAACAAUACUUUACAUUCCCCAAAAAAUUAAGAAAAUAAUAAUAAUAAUAACUAGCAUAAUUUUGUUUAAAAUUAAAAUGACAAUAAUUCAAUAAAUUAUUUUUAAAAUGAUAUUUAAUAAUAAAAUAACUAGUUUAGCAACAACCAAAAAAUUAUCUAACAAAACGAAAUAACAAAUUUAUAUCAAAUAAUUGAUGAUUUGAAGAGAAAAAAUGCUAUUUUAAUUUAAAACUCUUAAGUUUAAAAUUAUAUUAGACUUUAGUCUUAAAUGAUGAAGUAAGAAGGGCAGACGAAGUUGUUGCAAAAAGAGUUAAAAAUAUAGAAACAACUAAAUAAAAAUUUAGAAGAAUAACUUGAAAAAUAUUUAAAUCAUAUUAAUUUUAAUUCAGUUAGAAAUUAGUGA